UGGGAGAUGACUGUUGUUGGUUGACCCACAACUGUUCCUUCUUUAGUCUUUCAUAAUUGUUAUUAAGAAAAUUUUAUAAAUGGAAGGAAAAAGUCUAGAAGGAUCCAAGCAAUCGAGAUUUCAGGUUGACAAAGUUGAUUUUGUCAUUGAAAAGCCUGUACUGAAUUCAGAAAUAAGCUUAGAAUCCAAGUUAGAACUUGGUCUUAACACUAGUAUUAAUGGGCGUGGAUCCUCAACAAAUCAUUCAGUUUCACUUUCAGGAAAUUCAAAUACCUACGAAAAUACACAAAAUGUCAGAAGUUUACGCCAUUAUACCAGAGAAGCUUUACCAAAUGUUGACUUUUAUCGAAAUGUUAUGUCUGUUCAUGGAUAUUUACACCGUCCAACUCUGGAUGAACUUCAUCAAGCUACACAUCAACAUCAGGCAGGAGGAAACAAGAAUCACAAAUCAGUCAAGGCAGAAGUAGUUACAACUGGAGCUAUAAAGUUCGGUUGGAUACAAGGAGUUUUGAUACGAUGCCUACUCAACAUUUGGGGUGUUAUGCUUUUCAUUCGGUUGUCCUGGGUUGUGGGACAAGCCGGGAUUGGGUUAGCAUGUGUUGUCAUUCUUCUGUCCAUGUUGGUUACAAUCUUGACAACAAUAUCAAUGUCAGCCAUAUGCACCAAUGGAGAGGUGAAGGGAGGUGGGUCAUACUACAUGAUUUCACGGAGUUUGGGACCUGAAUUUGGUGGUGCCAUUGGUUUAAUAUUCUCUAUAGCAAGUGCAGUUGCUGUGGCUAUGUAUGUUGUAGGCUUUGGGGAGACAUUAAAAGACCUGCUUCAAUCCCAUGAAUUAAUUAUUAUUGAUGGAGGAAUGAAUGACGUUCGCAUCAUUGGAAGUGUAACAGUAUUGGUUUUGCUUGGAAUAACGUUGAUUGGGUCUCAAUGGGAAUCAAAGACUCAGAUAGUUUUGCUUUUUAUACUUUUGAUUGCCAUGGGAGACUUUUUGAUUGGUUGUCUUCUUUCACCAAACAUCACCCAGCAGGCUAGAGGGUUUGUUGGUUGGGAUGUUGCUCUGAUCAAAGAAAACCUUCGACCUAAUUUCCGUGGAGAAGACUUUUUCUCUGUGUUUUCAGUAUUUUUUCCAGCAGCGACGGGAAUCCUAGCUGGUGCAAAUAUUAGUGGAGAUCUAACUGACCCCCAGCGAGCCAUUCCUAAAGGAACGUUUCUGGCUAUUUUCAUUACAUGCACAAUGUAUAUCUUGUUUGCUGUAAUUUCUGGUUGCACAUGUCUUCGUGAUGCUAAUGGAGUGGAGUUGUUUGUGACAAAUGGAACAAUUGAAAUGAUACAAAACUGUUCAUAUGGGCCUGAAGGAAGAUGUCCUUUUGGACUUAUGAAUUUUUAUCAGGUAAUGGAAUUAAUUUCUGCCUUUGGACCCUUAAUCUAUGCCGGAAUCUUUGCAGCAACAUUGUCCUCUGCUCUUGCUAGUCUCGUUAGUGCCCCAAAAGUUUUUCAGCUGGUCGGUGUAGGCAAGCUUCGUCCAAACAUGAUUUUUAUGGGCUACAAAAGUGACUGGCAAGAAUGCGAGGAACAAGAUGUUUUGGAGUAUUUUAAUGUCAUCCAUGAUGCAUUUGAUAUGCACAUGUCCCUGGGAAUUUUACGACUUCAAGCGGGCUUUGAUUAUUCAGAAUAUGAUAUUGCUGAGGAGAAUGGAAAUAUUAUUGAGAGAAAACCAGAUUUGCAGAGAGAAGAGUCUUUUCUUAAUUUUCCACGAAAUAUCUCUAGUGCACAGCUGUCAGCAAUGAAGCCUACAGCUUCUUGGCUGAUGAUGUUUGCAGCAUUUUCUGGUGGUGGUGCACCAACCUCUCAUCAGACCACUCCAGUUUCCACUCCUGUGCUUCCUCGUUUUACUCCUGCGGAACCUCAAAAAGAAAAAAAUAAUACUGCAGAGGCUCAGAAGAGUUCUCAAUUAAUCAAAGGAGUAUUAAAAGAUAUACCCAAAAAUAUUUUAAGUAAUGUAAAUCAGUUCCAACACAAACAAAAGAAAGGACGAAUUGAUGUAUGGUGGUUAUAUGAUGAUGGAGGUCUUACAAUGCUCAUUCCAUACCUUUUAACAACCCGUUCUUUGUGGAGCAGUUGUGAGCUCAGGGUGUUUUCUUUGGCCAACAAAAAGGAUGAACUUGAUCGAGAACAACGCAACAUGGCAGCUUUACUGAGUAAGUUUAGGAUUGAUUACUCAAAUGUCAUUGUCAUCCCAGAUCUCAUAAAGCCUCCUCAGCAAUCAAGAUGUCUGGCUGUUAUGUUUGUUAUAAAUUGGUGGACAGCUUUGUUAACUUAUGCUAUAAUCUUGGCUUUGUAUAUAUUCAUAUCUCACAGGAAACCAGAUGUGAAUUGGGGCUCUUCUACUCAAGCCCACACAUACAAAGAUGCCCUUACUUCUGUUCUCAAUUUAAACCAGAUUCAAGAACACGUAAAAAACUACAGGCCUCAGAUUUUGGUGUUGACAGGAAAACCUACAAGUAGGCCUUCCCUAAUAGAUUUUGUUUACAGCAUCACCAAGAAACUAAGCCUUAUGAUCUGUGGAGAUGUUCAUAAAGAAAGAUUAAAUCAGCGAGAACGGGAUAAUCUUAACCGGGAAGCGUAUCAAUACUUACAGAAGAGAAAAGUCAAAGCCUUUUACAGCUUGAUAGAAGAAAGCAGCUUCUCGAGAGGAGUGAGGUCCCUUAUACAGGUUUGUGUAACACCAAACUUCCAAAUCUGUUAUACACUGUUAUCAUGAGAGUAAAAUUGAAGCUUUUUCGCAGUGUAUUACUUAAGGAAAAGAUUACUGGUUUUCUCUUAAGUUUCUUUCUUGACUCUAUUUACAUGGUGGGGGUAAAGGUGUACUUGCCAUAAUGACCUUUUACAGAGUACCAUUCAACA